UGAGUCGGAAAGAGAGACACACACACGAUCAGUGCAGAGAGAGCCGCUCGGUCCGAAGGUAGGCACGAGACAGAGGAGUGUGUCUGUCGGUGCGCGUGCGAUGCCGCCGGUAGUCUUGUCGGGCCUGUGAGUUCGAGUGUCCACGAUGGAGCCGCUGCUCAAAAUGGACCCACUCGCCAUGCCUUCACCCUUCGAUGGGCCCAGGCCGACCCAGCGGGUCCUCAGGCCACUCGACAUCGACUUCACAGACAUCACCUACACAGUGCCCGCGGGAAUAGAAACGAAACCCGUGCUCAAAGGAGUUUCUGGCACGUUCAAAGCUGGUGAACUAACCGCAAUAAUGGGCCCGUCGGGCGCCGGGAAAACUUCGCUCCUCAACGUGCUGACUGGAUUUCUGUCUGAAGGGAUGAAAGGCAGCGUUCGAGUGAACGGAGUGGAGCGCAAUCUCUCUACCUUCAGGAAGAGUUCGUGCUAUAUUCUGCAGUCGGACCAACUGCACCCUCACUUCACCGUCCUUGAGACCAUGGACAUGGCAGCCAACCUUAAGCUGGGGCCGGGCGUCGGCAAGAAAGCCAGAAAAAUCGAGGUUGACAACGUGCUGGACAGGCUGGGCCUGCAAGCGUGCGCAAACACGAGGGCGUCCGAAUUAUCUGGAGGACAACAGAAGAGACUGAGCAUCGGCCUGGAGCUGCUAGACAACCCGCCGAUCAUGUUUCUCGACGAGCCGACCACGGGUUUGGAUAGUUCAUCGUGUACGAGUUGUGUGAAGCUGCUGCGGAGCUUGGCCUCUCAAGGGCGCACCAUCGUGUGCACAAUCCACCAGCCGAGCGCCUCCCUAUGGGAGAUGUUUGACCACGUGUACGUUCUAGCCGAGGGCAAAUGCGUCUAUCAGGGCGACAGCAUCCAAGCGGUAUCCUUCCUCGAUGGCCUUGGAAUAUCCUGCCCCCUCUACCACAAUCCAGCCGACUUCAUAUUGGAAGUGACAAAUGGAGAUCUAUUUUCAAACGGGAGUUUGAUAUCAAAGUCAGAUCACCAGCUGAUACUUCAGAAAAUGGGAGAAGCAUCGAAAACAGACAAAUGGAGACGAAAGACUUUCAGGCACUUUCACCAAAACACACUCCUAGAGAAACCCGGCAUUUUCAGCGUUCUGCGGGCCCAGAAGCAGGGAGUCUCAGAAUGGAGCAAAUUCAGCAUUUUAACCGGUCGGUUCACCAAACAAUUUUUGAGAGACUGGACGAUGACCUAUUUGAAGUUAAUAUUUCACGUGCUAGUGGGCAUAGUACUGGGCCUUUUGUACCAAGGCUCCGGCCAGGAUGGUGCCAGGAGCAUCGCCAAUAUGGGUUUCUUCCUCGUCACCCUCGUCUACCUUGCAUAUACCUCGAUGAUGCCCGCCGUCCUUAGAUUCCCUCCUGAAAUGAAUGUGGUGCGGAAGGAGAGAUUCAACAAUUGGUACUCGCUGAGGACUUAUUACGCUGCAUUCACGGUCGUUGACACGCCUUUGCAGUUGUUGUUCUGCUCGAGCUACGUGCUGGUUUCCUACUUCCUCUCGUCGCAGUCUUUGGAGCCCUUCAGGGUGGUGAUGUUUGUUUCGAUUUGCCUCAUCACCUCCUUGGUCGCAGAAACCGUCGGACUGGUUCUCGGCGCACUUUGCUCGCCGAAGGUCGGUACCUUUGCCGGAGCGUACUCCACUGCACUUUGGAUCGUCCUGUCUGGCUUCCUGCUGCUGCACGACCACAUUCCCUAUGUCUUAAGGUGGAUGCCCUUCAUUAGCUACUUACACUACGGUUUCGAGGGCCUUGCCAUCACGCAAUACGGGUUUGGUAGAGGCACGUUGGAGUGUCCGAUGGAUGACUACUGCCACUACAAAUACCCGAAGGCGCUGCUGGCCGAGUUGAGCGUGAACCCGGACAACUACUGGCUGGACUUUGGUAUACUCAGCGGUUUUCUCGUGGUGCUGCGCAUCAUCUCGUACUGGGCGCUGAAAAAGAAACUCAACUCGCUCAACUGCAAGUGACCCGUCCUACGCGAUAACUUAUUAUUUUCCCUCUCCGUGUUGGUGCUCAAGAAUGAGAAUAACAAAUCCUUGUGUGAAAAGUGCCACCGCGGAGAAAAAGAACGCGCGAGUGCUCUCUUUCUAUGCUAUUUAUUGUGAUAACAAACUUCAAGAGCUUUCCAUAAAACCCGUCGUCAAAACUGUCACAGCCAACUUUGUUGACAAAACAGGUUGUGCAAUAAUGAAAAAAUGCAUUAUUUUCGGUCCAGAUGGAGCAUAUUUCAAGGAAAUUUUGAGCUUUUCCCGGGGAUUCCCUAAUUACUGUUGGCUGUGACCUUGGUGCUGGGGAGUCUUGCCAACAAAUGAUAUUAUCGACUCUUUUUCCACCGCGGGACAAUUAGAUCGCCCGCGAGGAGAGUGAUUUUCGCCUUUUUGGAUCUGACCACAUUUCAACGAAAUGGGAUCCACCGCAUGUACACAAAACUCUAUAUUUUUCAAACUCUUUACACUGGUUUUGAUGGCCGUUUUUCGUAAUUUGUAGAUUUGUGCUGGAAAAUAGACUUAACAAAGACGUUAGACUGAAUAACGCUAAACAUUUGACCCACGUGAGAUGACGCUUUUUUCAAAAACUUGUUCUACGUUACGCAGUAUCAUGUAAACUAUGUUAACACAAACGAGACCAAAAUGAUUUACCGAAUAAACGACGCAAGAUAAAUAAAAUA